AUGGUUAGUAUACUUCGUUUAUCAGAAAGACGAUCUCAUGAAGGUCGAGAUAAUUUCUUUCUUUGGUCUAUGGUUAUUUUACCUUUUUUGGCUGAAGGUGCUUAUAUAUUCGAUGCAUUUUAUUAUUUUACACAUCGAUCAGAUCAUAAUGCCUAUGAAGGUUUAAUUUCAACGAUUCUAAUAGUUUUUACAUAUCUUCGUUAUUGUUCACCGAUUGAAUGUCGUUUAUCACUUUGUAUAUAUUAUGUUUUUUUAUGUCUCCUAAGUGAAAUUGGUACAAUUGGUUAUAUAAUAUCAUUCAUAUUUAAAAAAGAUCCAUUUUUUAUAAUUAUUUAUUGUUUAUGGGGUUUUAUUGAAUUAGUAAUGACAAUAAUGUUAAUCUAUUGUCGAAUUAUAAUGAGAUAUCCAAUAAAUUUUAUUGUUGAAAAUAAACAUUUAUUUCAUUUUAUGUCUCGAUUAGAAAUUAUUCUGGCUAUAUUUCUACCAUUUUUUAUAAGUACAGAUUAUACAACAUUAACAACAGAUUCAAUUGCUUUUUUUUUAUUGUUUGAUUUCUUUUCGGAAUCAUAUACACGUUUUCAAGGUAUAUGGAUUAAGUCAAUUUUAUAUGUAUUUGUUGCAACUGUUACAACAUCUGUCGCUACGGAAUGGCUUUAUUUUGAACAAAAAGAACAUUAUUUUGAACAAAUAUCAGCAGUUAGUGAAUUAAUUUCAGCUGUUUUAUGUAAUUUAUUAAUUAUUUUACAAUUUUUUCCAUAUCAUUUUACACCAAUGAAUAUAUUUAAAAUAGCAAGAGAAGGUUUUGUAUUUCAACGAUGUUCUAAUCUGACUACAGUAGAAAAAAAUGAAAAUGAAACUAUCAACGUCGAAACCAUAGAGAAAAAUGAUGUAGUUAUCGAUUCAAUCUGUUAA